AUGAAGCUCAUGUCCUUUCUCUCGAUGUUUAUGGUAGCCACGGUGAAGGCCAGCCUUCGCCUUGGUAACCGUGCAAGCUGCUCUGAACUGCACAUUUUCGGCGCCCGCGAGACAACAGCGCCGCCAGGCUUCGGCACGACUGGCCGUGUAAUAGAAUCAAUUCAACGCGCAUAUCCCGAUGCCUCGGCGGAGUCCAUCGUAUAUCCUGCUGCGGGAGGAAAUAUGUAUGGCGGAAGUGUUGCUGCGGGGAUUCGUGCAGUGGCGGCCCAGGCCAACUCUUACUUUCAGCAGUGUCCAAAUGCUACAUUAAUAGUCAUAGGUUACUCUCAAGGUGCGCAAAUCGUAGAUGACGCUUUCUGUGGCGGCCCAGACGGUUUCUCGCUGAACACAACCAGAGAGAGUGUAUCGGCCGGUGUCAGCAGAAUGGUAGCAGCGAUCAUACUCAUGGGAAGCCCGCGCAAUGUCCCAGGGAGAGUGGGAAAUGUCGGCAACGCUACUGCGGGAGGCUUUGCUGCCCGUCCAUCAGGGUAUCAAUGCCCUGCUUUCCAAGGCAUCAUUCGCUCGUACUGCGACGAGGCGGACUUGUACUGCGCCAAAGGGAAUAGUAGCGCAACGCAUCAGAGUUAUGCUAGUGUCUACGGCCAAGACGCGUUCGAUUUCGUGACACGGAAACUAGCUGGCACGUCUGUGAGAGGGACUACGAGCGCGGCUACGAAAUUGAGAAGAAAUAGCAGACUGGCUGCUAUGGUCUCACUUGCUGUUGUCCUUAUUUUUGUAUUAAUUUGA